CCAAGUCUCCGGGCCGGAAGGUCCGGCGGUGUUAGGCUGACGGCUCGCUCGCUCCUGGGUCAUGUCGGCCCAGAGUGACAGCGAGUUCCUGGUGCAGCGAGCUCGGGAGCUGGUGCCGCAGGACCUGUGGGCCGCCAAGGCGUGGCUGAUCACUGCCCGCAGCCUCUACCCCGCCGACUUUAACAUCCAGUAUGAGAUGUACACGAUCGAGCGGAAUGCCGAGAGGACUGCCACCGCCGGGAGGCUGCUAUACGAAAUGUUUGUGAGUUUCCCAGACCAGCCGGUGGUAUGGAGAGAAAUCAGCAUUAUUACAUCAGCAUUAAGGAAUGAUUCACAGGAUAAACAAACCCAAUUUUUAAGAAGUUUAUUUGAAACCCUUCCUGGUCGGGUCCAGUGUGAAAUGUUACUAAAGGUUACGGAACAAUGCUUCAACACGUUGGAACGAUCAGAAAUGUUGCUCCUUCUUUUGAGGCGCUUCCCUGAAACAGUAGUGCAACAUGGGUUUGGCCUUGGGGAGGUACUUUUAGAAGCUGAAACUAUCGAAGAACAAGAAUCUCCUGUUAACUGCUUUAGAAAAUUGUUUGUUUGUGAUGUCCUUCCUCUAAUAAUUAACAAUCAUGAUGUUCGGUUGCCUGCCAAUUUAUUAUAUAAAUACUUGAACAAAGCAGCUGAAUUUUAUAUCAACUAUGUCACUAGGUCUACUCAAAUAGAAAAUCAGCAUCAAGGUGCCCAAGAUACGUCUGAUUUAAUGUCACCUAGCAAACGUAGCUCUCAGAAGUAUGUAAUAGAAGGGCUCACUGAAAAGUCAUCCCAGAUUGUGGACCCUUGGGAGAGGCUGUUUAAAAUUUUGAAUGUUGUUGGAAUGAGAUGUGAAUGGCAGAUGGAUAAAGGAAGACGAAGCUAUAGUGACAUAUUGCAUAGAAUGAAGGAUCUCUGCAGAUACAUGAACAACUUUGAUAAUGAAGCACAUGCAAAAUAUAAAAACCAAGUGGUUUAUUCUACUAUGUUAGUCUUCUUCAAGAAUGCAUUCCAGUAUGUCAACAGCAUACAGCCAUCUCUCUUCCAAGGUCCCAAUGCUCCAAGCCAAGUUCCCCUGGUUCUUCUUGAAGAUGUAUCAAAUGUGUAUGGUGAUGUAGAAAUUGAUCGCAAUAAACACAUACAUAAAAAGAGGAAACUGGCUGAGGGAAGAGAAAAACCCAUGAGUUCAGAUGACGAAGAAUGUUCGACAAAAGGAAGAAAUCGUCACAUUGUAGUUAACAAAGCAGAACUUCCAAACUCCAUUGAAGUGUUAGAAAGCUUUAAAUUGGCCCGGGAGAGCUGGGAGCUUCUCUAUUCCCUAGAGUUCCUUGACAAAGAAUUUACAAGAAUUUGUUUGGCAUGGAAGACGGAUACGUGGCUAUGGCUAAGAAUCUUCCUCACGGAUAUGAUCAUCUACCAGGGUCAAUAUAAAAAGGCGAUAGCCAGCCUCCAUCAUUUAGCAGCUCUCCAGGGAUCACUCUCUCAGCCACAGAUCACAGGACAGGGGACUUUGGAGCAUCAGAGGGCACUCAUCCAGCUGGCGACCUGUCACUUUGCCCUGGGGGAGUACAGAAUGACGUGUGAGAAAGUCCUUGACCUGAUGUGCUACAUGGUACUCCCCAUUCAAGAUGGAGGCAAAUCACAGGAGGAGCCCUCAAAAGUGAAACCCAAAUUUAGAAAAGGUUCUGAUCUGAAGCUUCUGCCCUGUACCAGUAAGGCUAUUAUGCCAUACUGCCUGCAUUUGAUGUUAGCCUGUUUUAAGCUUAGAGCUUUCACAGACAACAGAGAYGACAUGGCUUUGGGGCAUGUGAUCGUAUUGCUYCAGCAGGAGUGGCCACGAGGAGAGAAUCUUUUCUUGAAGGCUAUUAAUAAGAUUUGUCAACAAGGAAAUUUCCAAUAUGAGAAUUUUUUUAAUUAUGUUACAAACAUUGAUAUGCUGGAGGAGUUUGCCUACUUGAGAACUCAGGAAGGUGGGAAGAUUCAUCUGGAAUUACUCCCCAAUCAAGGAAUGCUGAUCAACCAUUGCAGACCUUGUGGGUGGUCCCUCCAGAUGAGUGGCAGAGAUGUUGUGAACAGUGUACAGCUCCUCCCCUUGGGGCCUUCUAGCCCUCCCAUGGGGUUACUGCAGCAGGAAUUCUUACCUGUGCUUCAGCCCAGCAUACAGACUGCUGACAGGCACCACACUGUCACUCGGGGCAUCACCAAGGGUGUGAAGGAGGACUUCCGCCUGGCCAUGGAGCGCCAGGUCUCCCGCUGUGGUGAGAAUUUGAUGGUGGUGCUGCACAGGUUCUGCAUAAACGAGAAGAUCCUGCUCCUUCAGACUCUGACCUGAGCCRGGGCGAUGAGUGCGGCUGUCAACAGCCCCCGAAAAGGACUUUGGGGUCCAGCUCCUCCUCGGUCGCUUAACCGUAGUUCCCGAGACCUAAGAAGCUACUUCUAUUUUCAAGAGUCACUUUUUGUAAUUUUUGUAAAACAAGAGAACCCAUCUGUU